UCGCAGUUUUAUCUUUAUGUUCUUACGUCAAACAUUGUAAGUCGCGUUGUUUGUGGAAGACGAUACGAUUUUGAGGACGAGAAAUAUCACCAAGUUUUAAUCAAUCUACAAAAAAUUUUGGGUGACGCGAAAGAUGCACCGUUCACACUUCUCAUUGAUUUUUUUCCUGGUCUUAAACACCACCUGCUUUGGUUUCGUGGGGCUAAUAACAGGAUGAUCGAACGAAUAAAAAACUGGUUAGAACAUAGUAAAGAUCACGUUGAAGAACACAAGAAAACCUUUGAUAAAAACAAUCUUCGCGACUUGAUUGACUCAUUUCUACACGAACAAGCAUAUGGGAAAACGGAAAACAAGAACGUAUAUACAGAGGAAGAACUGAUUGUUAUCGUCCGUGAUCUAUUUUCUGCUGGCUCUGAAACCAGUAGUAACUCUAUACUGUGGAUAUUGAUAGUUCUACUGCAUCAUCCACACCAUGCAAAAAAAUGUAUACAAGAAAUCGACGAUGUUAUGGGUCCCAAUGGAGCUCCAAGCAGCCAACAUAGGGAAAAGAUGCCGUUUACUUGCGCGGUGAUUCAAGAGACUUUUCGAUACAGAACUGUUGCCCCAAUUGGAUUACAACAUUAUGCACAAGCUACUGUCGAAUUAGGUGGUUACGUUAUUCCUCAAGGAACAAUGGUUUACUCCAACAUUUGGGGAGUUCACAACGACCCGGUAGCUUGGCCAAACCCUUCUGAGUUUGACCCGUACAGACACAUAAACAAAGAUGGAAAAUUCGUUCCCAGUAACAAUAUAAUGACAUUUUCAAUUGGACCACGCAGUUGCCCGGGAGAGGCCUUGGCAAAAUUGGAAAUCUUUAUGUUUGUCACAAAAAUUUUGCAAAAGUUUAAUGUCAGAGCAUCUCCUAAUAACCCGCCGUCUUUGGAUGGUGUUAACUGCCUACAGUUUACUCCAUUAUCGUGUGAGGUUAUUUUAACGGAGCGCUGACUUGUAUUGGCUGAUGCGUCGUAUACACAUUGCAUAAUUUGUACAGUCUGCUUUAAAGAUGAAUUCUGUGAUAAAAUGUACAAACUUUUGGAAUUCGCAAAUCCUGCUCUAUGGGAGUCGUAAGGAUAUAGUUCUAUAAAUAUUUAAAUAUGUUCUUUGUUUACUGGUAAAUGGGAAGCGAAAAUAAAGUUAAAAUUUUGCAUCUUCCCCCACCCUACUGUACCUAUUCAUUAUUUAAU